UCCCCUCAGUACCAGUGGUCCCCCACCAAAUGCACGAUGAUCUUACCGAGGAUCGUACGGGGGUCAGCCAGGGCAAGGACAGCCGGUCCUGCCGGGAACAGGGACAGUGAACCAGAGAGAGGGUGUCCUCGGCCUUCGACAGCCGUCGGGAAGAACAGGAAGAAUUCCAGCGAACCCGACGACAGGAACACCACAGGUGCGAAGGAAAUGGACAACAAAGAACACAGAGAGGAGGUCAACGACCGUGAAACCAACGCAGACGCCAGCGACAAAUCCAACUCCAACGUCAAUGACAACGUAAACGCCAACGCCAACUCAAGCGACAAAUCCAACUCCAACGUCAAUGACAACGCCAACGCCAACGCCAACGCCAACGCCAACACCAAAGCCAGCUCCAACGUCAAUGAAAAAGCCGGCACCAAUGCUGACGUCAAUGAUAACUAUUCGGAUCAUAGCUCCUCACAGAGUAGUGACUCAUCGAGCAGUAGCGACUCCUCAAGCACUGAUGCGGAGCACAGAGGAGACAGUAAGACCAACAAGCUUAAGCCUUCACAGCUGAAGAAGAAAGAGAGCAAACAAAAGCGAGGUGCUGCUGUUAGCAAAAGAGGGAACAAAAAUGUUCCUGGUCGCGAUAGAAACCAAAGUAAUGCUGGAGGUGGAUUUUCAAAACCAAGGGGACUUAACUCUGACGAUGACUACUCUUCAGAGAGCUCGGAGGACAGCGCGGACGAGAAAGGAAAAUAAUUUGUGAUAAACUAUGUCAUUGGAGUCUCCAGGUCAUUGAACAUUCAUUGAACACAAGAUUUUGUUUAUAUUUUGUAUUUUGCAACGCCAACUGUACAUACUUAUACGUAUUGACAAAUGUUAUGAGUCAACUGUGUGUAUAUGUUCUAGGCUGUGGGUCUCUUCAAUGAAGGAUUAAAAAGUUAGGAAGUCCCGCAUACUCGAUUUUAAACUGCGUGGGAUUUCUAUACCAUUAAGGAAAAUAUAGUUUAACAUUCGGUUCGUAAAUAAAAAUCGCCGAGACCCACAACUUACGACACUUUCUCAAGCUUAUAUGCUUCCAGAAAUUUAGACUUGAAUAAAAUUUCAUUUUGUGGAAUAA